AUGGCGUCGACAACCUCUCAAUCACACCCGCUUCUGCAAGCUUCCUCAGCUGCCUACGCCAUUUUGGCGAUCGGCCAUACAAUGAAGGGUCUCGACCAGUUCAAACACCCUACGAUGAACACCCUCCCACUCAUGCUCCGUGGCGCCAGCAAGAUCGGCUGGUAUGAAGGUAGCGGAUUCUUCAUCAUCAUGAGUAUACUUAAUUACAAGUGGUCGGUUACUGGUAUCUACGAUGUGUACGACAAGAGCAUAGCGGGUGUCUUGACUACUAUGCUAGCGGCUGCGGGUGUGGCUUACUGGAAGAGUAAUGAUAGACCUACAGCCAUUACACUGGGUGUUGUUGCAAUCCUGCAGGGACUGGGUGUGAGGAACGGGUCGUAUUCGCACUUUGUCUAG